AUGACAGAAUCUAUGAUCAGCAAUAAUGCUGAGGCUGAAAGGCUGACCAUGCACAGAUGUAUCGUCACCAGUAUUAUAGAAAGUGAGACUGUCUACGUAGAAUGUCUCUAUGUCAUGGAGAAGUACAUGAACGCUAUAAAAGCGACUCUGUCAACAUCACAGCCCGUUAUAACGGAAGAGGAAUUCGGUACUAUAUUCUAUAAGAUAUCAGAAUUGCACGAAUUGCAUAAGAACUUUUUGGAGGGUCUCAAAAAUGCUGUCGCCAGCUGGGAGGAGCCGCUCUCCGUUGGUAUACAUUUCAAAAAGAUGGCGGAGAACAUCAAUGUAUACGGCGCUUUCCUCCACAACUACGGUCGCGCGACGGACGCCGUGCGACGUAGGUGUGGUAGUUCGCAGAGGUUCGCUGACCUUACGAGGGAGAUAGCUUGUAGGGGACAACCUGUGUCCUUGGACGAUCUGCUGCAUAAACCUGUCGCUAGGGUACAGAAGAACGCGCUUGUAUUACAUGAUCUUAUUAAGUAUACUCCAGCGAGUCACCCCGACCAUGCGAUGUUGACAGACGCUCUAAACAUGACUCAACAUUUCCUCGAUGAAUUUAAUAUAAUACAAACGAAAUCAAUGUUCCCCAAUGCAGACAGAGCUCAACGGCGUCUGGUUAAGAACUCAUUCAUAGUCGAACUAUCAGAUGGUCAUAGGAAACUGCGGCAUUUAUUCCUGUUCAAUGACGUAAUAGCUUGCGCAAAAUAUAAGGCUUCUGGCAGGGACAAGUUCACAUUCGAGCUGAAAUGGUUCAUACCGCUGCCUGAUAUAGUAGUUGUUGAGGAUGAGGGCGCAAACGCGGCGGCGGAGCGGGAAACAUCACCCGCUAACAUCGUAGCGCUUAAGUCGCAAGCCUGCACUGUCCGCGACCAGAUAUUAGCUGAGGAACGAGCCGCACACGACGACAAGAAAAUCCGUCUCGGAAGUCGCGGUACAGCGGAGAAGCAACGCAAGAAGUUAGCAGAACUUGAGGGUCAACUUGUUCUGGCGUCACCAAACUUAGUGUUCCGUGUCGGGGCCAAAGCUCCCGGGGGCACCGCUUUACAGAGACACCACGUAUUUUUCCUCAGUUCAGAAUACGAAAGGACGCAGUGGAUAGAUUCCAUACAUGCUUUGCAGGCGUCGUCCGCGCCGCCGGCCGGUACCAGCACAGUAUCAAUGUUGGAGCUCCAGGGCUGGGUGACCGCGUGUCGCAGUUACUUACAGACGGACAUGGGCUCCUACCUGCUGAGGAGCGGCCGAGACGACUCACUGCUACUGGGAGACCUGCAGCUACAUAUAGGAGGGAUGACCGCGCCUCUUGAUACGGCAGCUGACUACUACAUAGUCGUGGAAGUGGAUUCGUACGGUCAUUAUUUCCGCAAGGCGAAGUCUAAGCUGAUCUGCCGCAGCGCUCAGCCUCGUUGGAACGAGAGCUUCACUCUGGAUCUUGAAGGGUCACAGAACCUCAGGCUCCUGUUGUAUGAGGACGCAGCCAGACCUGUACUGAGAGGGAAAUGUACUCUUAAGUUAUCCCGCGAGUGGGUGUGCGAGAGCGUGUCCCGCUCCGUGUGUUUGGGCGGCGGGUCGCUCCCUCUGCGUCUGCGCGUGCUGCCUCCCGAGCGCUCCGCACGACACGUGCCCAGCGCCAAGCCCGGCGCGCUGUUCGGGGCUAAGAUCACACAUGUCGCUAAACGUGAGAAGCGCAACAUCCCGUUCAUAAUAAGCGCGUGUGUCCGUGAAGUGGAGCGUCGUGGUAUCAGCGAGGUGGGCAUCUACCGAGUGUCUGGAAGUGCUUCCGACCUCAACCGGCUAAGGAAGAGCUUCGAAACCAAUGCGUAUGAAGCGGAACAGCUUCUCAAGGAAGUGGACGUCCACUCAGUAACGGGAGUUCUCAAACUAUAUCUUAGGGAACUGCCUGAAGCUCUCUUCACAGACGCGCUGUAUCCAGAAUUAUUAAAAGCUUGGGGCUCAACGCCGGGUGUAGGUAACUCUACGGAUUCAGCGCCGGCGCACACCAGGCGACACGCUCUUCUGAAAUGUUACGCACAACUACCGGAUCUGAACAAGAACUGUAUCGACUUCCUUUUAAACCACUUCGUCAAAGUAAACAACCACGAGUCCGAGAACAAGAUGUCUCUACACAACCUGGCGACCGUAUUCGGUCCCACAUUACUACGUCCGAGCGCUGCUGGCGGCAAGCUGCGCGCGGACCAGUUGGCUGCUGGUACAGUGGACGCCAUGGCGCAGGCCGGCAUCCUGUACACGCUGCUGCAGCAGCGGCACCUCGCGCAGCACCUGACCGCACACCGCCACGCGCCACACGCGACUAACCCGCUAGACUGA